AGAUCCAAGAAAAAUAUCUCGGAAUCAUCUCCCCCGUGUCUCCUGCUAGGCUUUGCUACCUCUGUGCAGUGAUCAUUGUCCUCAUUUUAGCUGUGAUUUCACCUUUUGUUUUUUUGUCAGUGAGAGAAAAAAACCCAACCAUUCUGAGCCCUGAAGCUGGGGAUGUUACCUGCCCAAGAGACUGGACUGCAUUUGGGCGUAAAUGUUUUUAUUUGUCUGAAAACACAAGUAACUGGACAUCCAGCCAGACCUCCUGCAUGGAGCUGGAGGCUAAUCUAACCCAAAUUGACAGUCUGGAGGAGCUGGAUUUCCUGAAUAGAACAUAUGGGCAUUCUGCUGCGUGGAUCGGACUGCACAGAGAGUCAUCAGAGCAGCCUUGGAUGUGGACAGACAACACUGAAUAUAACAACUUGACACUCAUCCGAGGAGUUGGAAACCAUGCCUACCUGAGUGACAGAGGGAUCAGCAGUAGCAGGGACUACAUACCUAGGAUGUGGAUUUGUAGCAAGCCCAAAUCUAUACUUUAGUAGAUUCACAGCUUGUGUAGAGAGUGUGUCAAAGUCAUCAUGAGAGAUCUGUAACAUAUCAUCUAUAGUUACAGCAUUUUUUUAUCUUAAAUAAAUAUAACAAGCAAUUCA